CUCUAUCUCACAACGACUACUCCUUCAUCCUGUUACUCUUCUUUCUCUCGCAACAGGGUUUGCUGGCCUCUCUUUUGGGACUUGGUCUCGGUACUGGCCAGGACUGGUUUAUUUGCUUGACGGACACUUCCCGGACUAAACAUGCCGGCGAAAGGGCUAUUCAGCUCGCUCAAAGGCAUCGACGCCUUCGGCAAGACUACAGAAGAUGUGAAGGUCAAGACGCGUACUGGCGCGUUCUUGACAAUCCUAUCUGCUGCCAUCAUUCUGGCUUUCACGACCAUCGAAUUUCUCGACUACAGGAGGGUCAACAUUGACACGUCUAUCCUGGUUGACAAAAGUCGUGGAGAGAAGCUGAAUGUCCGAAUGAACGUUACGUUCCCGAGGGUACCAUGCUAUCUCCUCAGUUUGGAUGUGAUGGACAUUUCGGGCGAGACUCAAACCGACAUCUCACAUAACAUCGUCAAGACGCGGCUGUCGCAAAAGGGCGAGUCCCUGCAGGCGUUAAAUGCAAACAAUGAACUUCGCAACGAUCUGGACAAGCUCAAUGAGCAGCGAGGCGAGACGUAUUGCGGUUCUUGCUUCGGUGGGAAGCCCCCAGAGAGCGGAUGUUGCAACACGUGCGAGUCCGUGCGACAGGCUUACCUCGACCGAGGAUGGAGUUUCAACCGACCUGACUCAAUCGAACAGUGCGUCAGCGAGGGUUGGUCGGACAAGCUCAAGGAACAGGCAGACGAGGGCUGCAACGUCGCGGGCAAGGUGCGCGUUAACAAGGUCGUCGGCAACAUCCACCUCUCGCCAGGACGAUCGUUCCGGACUGCGGCGCAAAACAUCUACGACUUGGUGCCAUACUUGCGAGACGACAAGAAUCGUCACGAUUUCACCCACGUCAUACACGAGUUCGGGUUCGAGAGCGACCAGGAGCGCGAUCGCCAGCGUCAACGCGAGUUCAGGGCUAUGCUUGGCAUCGAGGGAAACCCGCUCGAUAAGACGACAAAGAGGACAUCGAAGCAGCAGUACAUGUUUCAGUAUUUCUUGAAGGUCGUUUCGACGCAAUUCAACAUGCUGGACGGCAGAGUGUACAAGACGCAUCAGUACAGUGUCACAAACUUUGAGCGGGAUCUAUCGAAAGGGCAACAAGAGGAUAGUAAAGAGGGAACGCACAUCGCGCACACCUCGACUGGUAUUCCAGGCGCCUUCUUUAACUACGACAUCUCACCCAUCCUCAUUGUGCACGACGCGACGCGCCAGUCGUUCGCGCACUUCCUGACCUCGACAUGCGCGAUUGUCGGUGGAGUGCUCACGGUUGCAGCGCUCAUCGACAGCAUGUUGUUCUCCGCGACACGCGCCCUCAAGCAGCAUGGCUCCGGGGCGCAUCAAGGAUACUCCAACGGGAAGCUCAUGUAAUACGUUUCGUUGUCAUUGUCGUGUUAUGUAUCGCUUUGGGAUGGACUGGGAUAGGACUGCCUGCAUGCUUUGAUGGUGCUUCGUCCAGUGAGACUACUUGUGAAGAGGUGUGCACAGCAUCCACCUGCCUUUGGUCACAACGUGGGCUAGAUCGCAGCCACAAAGGUAAUGGUCCCGCUGACCUCACUACAUAUUUGACUUUUCGCUGAUCCUUUUCGGAGUCACAGUAUGUUAUAACGAGUCUCGCGCAAAGCGGAUCCCGCCAAAAACUUGAACUCUCAUGCUUUUGGCUACGAUGGCCGCCGGUCAAGUACUGAGUA